UUUGUUUACUUUAUCAUCGCUAGAAAAUACGUAACUACUGUAUAACCACAACAAUAACAUUAACAAUAAUGACCUUUCAUUAUUAGUACAUAAACCUUUCUUCACAUCUUUUGAUCACUAGUUCUCCGCACUCUUUUUUUUUACCAAAAUGGAGAGGAAGCAAUCCUACUACGCCGUAUUGAUACCAACGUUAUUGAUCGUAUGGCUCGCAUGCACAGGCCACUCUUGUGCCCGCCACGCUAAGGCAAAACCUCUCAUGGCCGGACUACCACGGUGUCCUAACUGCGGACCCAUGGUUGUACCUUAUCCGCUAAGCACGGGUCCAAACUGCGGCGAUCAAACCUACAGGAUAAAUUGUGUUGGUGGUAAGCUCUAUUUCGGUGCCCUCCAUGGGUCAUCUUAUGUCAUCACGUCCAUCAACUCGGUGACCCAGCGGAUCAUUCUACACCCUCCCGGUCUUGCUAGCUCUGGUUCUUGUAUCUCGGCUGAUGUCUCUAAACAGGGCCUCGAGCUUGACCCACAUCUCCCUUUCAGUAUCACUAGUAGCAACACUAUUUUGCUACUUAAUUGCUCUCAGGCUAUGCUACAGGCGCCAAUAGAUUGUAGUCCUACGAGCUUAUGUUACAGCUACAUCAAGAACAAUGCAUCACCUUGUUCUAAGGCUCCCUUGUGCUGCACCUUCAGAACCGACGGGUCUCAAACUGCUUACACGAUCAGGAUCAACGGUGGAGGAUGCCUUGCGUACCAGAGCUUCGUAGGGCUGAAUCCAAGCAAUGAGAUUCCUCCUCCCGGGAAAAAAUGGCCUGACACGGGGCUCGAGUUGCAAUGGGCAUUGCCUAAAGAACCAGUUUGCAAAACUGAUGGAGAUUGUAACCUCUUGUUGGGUAAAUCAAAAUGCCUGCCUGACCCGACAAGUCUCGGCCUGAAACGAUGCUCCUGCAAAAAAGGUUUGGAAUGGGAUCCGAUUAACGCAAUAUGUGGAAAAUGUCGCCAUGGGAAACACUGCAAAAAAAAGAAGAAGACCGUUGUUUUCGCAGGUGCGACUGUUGCUGUUGUGGGAGUUACACUAGCGAUUGCAAUAGCGUUUAUUGCAAAAAAACAUAGCCACCAAAAGGUCAAAAAGGAUAUCCAUAAGAACAUUGUCAAGGAGCGAGAAGAGAUGCUUAGCGCGAAUUCAACCGGAAAAUCAUCAAGAAUCUUCACCGGCAGAGAAAUCACAAAAGCAACCAACAAUUUCUCAAAAGACAAUCUCAUAGGCACCGGAGGUUUUGGAGAAGUGUUUAAAGCUGUUCUUGAGGACGGAACCAUAACUGCGAUCAAACGAGCAAAGCUUAACAACACAAAAGGCAUUGAUCAGAUCCUAAACGAAGUCCGGAUUCUCUGCCAAGUCAACCACCGAAGCUUAGUUAGGCUUCUCGGGUGCUGUGUCGAUCUUGAACUGCCUCUCUUGAUCUACGAGUUUAUUCCCAACGGUACACUAUUCGAACAUCUCCAUGGCAAUUCAGACCGUAUUUGGAAACCCCUGACUUGGCGGCGUAGACUGCAGAUCGCAUACCAAACAGCUGAAGGAUUAGCUUAUCUCCAUUCCGCAGCACAGCCGCCAAUUUAUCACCGUGAUGUAAAAUCGAGCAACAUUUUGCUUGACGAUAAGCUAAACGCCAAAGUUUCAGACUUUGGGCUUUCAAGGCUUGUGGAUUUGACAGAAACAGCUAAUAACGAGAGCCAUAUCUUCACAGGUGCGCAAGGUACAUUGGGAUAUCUCGAUCCAGAAUACUACCGGAAUUUCCAGCUAACUGAUAAGAGCGAUGUGUACAGCUUCGGGGUGGUGCUUCUGGAGAUGGUUACAUCGAAAAAGGCAAUAGAUUUCACUAGAGAAGAGGAAGAUGUGAACCUGGUGAUGUAUAUUAACAAGAUGAUGGAUCAAGAGAGAUUGAUUGAAUGCAUCGAUCCGCUGCUGAAGAAGACAGCCAACAAGCAUGAACUGCAGACGAUGCAACAGCUCGGGAAUUUAGCCUCUGCGUGUCUUAACGAGCGGAGACAAAACCGGCCUUCAAUGAAAGAAGUUGCUGAUGAGAUCGAAUACAUCAUCAAUAUUCUGUCACAAGAGGUUACUGAGACAUAGUUGUCUUAGAUAUCACCAA